GCGUCGGGAGUCAGAAAACGAAGAUGAUGUUUUGGAAAGCAGGCAGAGAUGAAGCGCAACAAUCCUCAAUCAAAAUGACAAAACCUGACGUCUUUCUGAAAGCGUCGUGCUGAAGAAAACGAAGGAUCAGGAUCUCUUUGUGUAGAUUGGAUUGGAGCUGUCCCCUGAGCUGUCCUGAAUGAGCAUGUCCCUUGCUCAGAGAGUGCUCCUCACAUGGAUCUUCAGCCUCAUCUUCCUCAUUAUGUUGGUCCUCAAGUUGGACAAGAAAAUCCAGUGGAACUGGUUCCUCGUCUUCCUCCCUGUGUGGACUUUCGAUGCUAUUCUCCUGCUCAUGCUUAUCGUCAAAAUGGCGGGCCGUUGCAAGCCGGGGUUUGACCCACGCAAUGGAGCAGAGAACCUGAAAAAGCGCGUGUGGUACCUUGUGGCAAUUUUGUUAAAGCUGGCUUUCUGCCUGACGCUAUGCGUAAAGCUGGAACGCCUGAUGGAAAUCCGGCUGAGUUUUGUUUGCAUCCCUCUCUGGACUCUUCUCAUCGGAGCCAUGGUGGAGCUCGGCUACAGCGUCUUCCACUUCCGGAGAGACUGAGCAGGCAGACUAAAUACCUGAUGCAUCAUUCUUGUGCUGUCUAUAUAAACUGUAUAGUAUCUGACACACUUUCAAAUGCCCACUUGCAUCAGGAUAUCAUCAUCUUGGAUGAUCUAUUCCACAAACCCUGGGGACAUAUGUUUUCUGUUUUUCUUAAUGGAUGGACUGGGAAACAAUUAUGAUUAAAGGGGAAUUCUAACAGUUUUUCAAAAUUUCUGCAUAAGUGAUAACGUUCAGAGUGGUGUUUUAUGAAAUGUGAUGUUCUAGAGAUACUUGCUGCUCCAGAAUUGUUCACAGUGCUGGUGAUAGGAACCAGAUGUCUGAAGAAUGUACUGCUUCUUAAAACUCCCUCACAGAAAGUUUUGACAUGAAAUGGUUAUGAAUACAGUAACUGAUGCCUGAUGACAUUGGUUUAUGAUGUAUUUUACUGUCCAUUUUUGGUGGAGAGGUACAUGCAGGGAGUAAAUGAUGAAAAAGAAUACUUUUGUCUAGAUAUAAAUGACUCAUUUAUGCAGAAAUUUUGAAAUUCCCCUUUAUAAGUGUGGACUGGGAUUCAGGUAGCAUGUGUGAUAUAAUGUCUACAUGGUUUUAAUCCCUUGUUAUUUUGGGUACCUAAAGGAUGAUACACGACAUCAUGGUCUGGCAGAGGUUUUUACUGAGAGGUAACCUGUUUGUGAAUUUUGCUGGGUGUGGCUUUUUUUUCCUUAUGGUAAAACACUGAUUGUACUCUCAUCUCACUGAGUUUUGUGGCUGUGUCGCCUGGAGCUGAAGAGAAUUUUGUUUACAUGAUCCAGCAAAAACUUUGUGUCUAGCUUACGUUUAGUCUUGCAGCAUCCAAUGUGAUCUCAUAACAAUCUUGUGCACAUCUGGAGACAACUAGUUAAACCUUCGGCGCUGUACUGUUGUGGAAUCUGCCAUGAACAAGAGUACACUCCCUCCAGAAGCCACCCCCAACUCCUCUAGUUCAUGAUCUUUUAAAGGGAAUUCCACAGAUUCAAGUUUUUACAUACUUAAAUUGACAAGAUGCAAACAAAGUUGCUUAAAGUGGAUGGAUGUGAAAUGGGUCAUAACUUUGGUGGUGAUAGGAGCCAGAUGUUUAAAGAGAAUAAUGCCUCUAAAAUCUUUUACAUUAAAUUGUGCACAAAUACACAUUCAUGGUGCAGCAGUUGAUCCAUGACAUUUGCAGGUUUUUUUGGAUUUACCACUAUUUUACCAUUGUGUAUAAUAACCAUGUUCACUGGUCAUUUGGUCAUGGUCACUGAUAUUUAAUAUAUGAAAUGUCUACAUUUCUGUUGCAGGCAUCGCCACAUCACAAGUGCACCGUCGUCCCCUACUUUUGAUUUCUGCCUUCGCAAAGCAUUGAAUUGGUUUAGAAGCUUCAUUCUCAGUAUGUUCCCACCCAAAUAGGCCUACUGUCUCACCCACGUUUAGCUAAAAAUUUCUCAUGGCUGUCCCAAAACAUUCUUGUUACUAAAUCCAGUCUGGCCCUGAAGGACUAGCUUAGGUUGGUCAUGUCCUGGUGUUGAUGUACCUUUAACGUCUAAUGUGAAUGUCUGCUUUUUCUCUGUGCAAUCUGAAAAUAAGAUUAAAUGUUAACCUUCUCAAGUGAA